AUGACAACAACAAAUUUACCCUUUGUACAAGAAGAAAUGAUACGUUAUGGUAUGAGCAUUUGCUUAGCACUUGGUCUCACUGGUAAUAUUUUCAAUUGCAUCAUAUUUACACGACCAUUAUAUCGACGUUCACCUAGUUCUGUCUAUCAUCUUUCUCUCUCAAUUUGUGCUCUUUUCCAUUUAAUUUGGUCUAUUAGUCCACAACUUCAUACACUCUAUUAUCCUGAUCUUCAAAACCAAUCGGUUUUCUACUGCAAAACAAGACUUUUUGGUACUCAUGUUCUUGGAUUAUAUUUUCGCUAUAUUCUGGUAUGUGCUUGUGUUGAUCGAUUCUUUGCAACACGAGACGAUGUUGGUCGUCGAUCGUUAAGUUCAGUUAAAAUGGCAAUAGUGCUUAUUGUCAUUACAUGUAUAGUAUGUUCAUUGGCCGCCAUUCAUAUGCCUAUUUUAAUGUAUAUACGAAAUAAUAUUUGUGGAAUGUUUGAUUUAUACAAAUUUAUUUUUGCAUUUUAUGAAAUUCUGACAAUUACGAUUCUACCACCAGCAUUAAUGAUCAUUUUUAGUGCUCUCACUAUUCGUAGUCUUCAUCAGCGUCAUGCAAUUCAAAUACAUGCUAAAAUUAGAGAUCGUCAUCUUUUACGUAUGGUUAUUGCUGAAGUCGUGGUGAAUAUAGUUACAUCUGUCCCGUUUUCAGUUAAUCUCAUCUAUGGAGUAGCAACAUAUUAUGUUGUUAAUAAAAGUACUCGACGACUUCAGAUUGAAUCAUUUAUGAAUUUUUUCACUACAUUCAUAAUCUACAUGCUUGUUGUGUCUCCAUUUUAUCUAUUUAUCCUUGUAUCAAAACCUUAUCGAAAAGAAUUCAUCAAUAUAAUAACCAAGGGUCCAAACAAGUGCAUGAAACGAAGAAAUCGAAUUAUGCAAACAAACACACAAAAUCAUGCACCAGCGAUUAAUGGUUCAGUCGUUUAA